UUAACUAAACUUAUCUGAACUUAUUAGACCUGAAAUAAGUAAAAAUAGAGUAAAUAGAAUAGGCCCUAAAUAAAUUGGGAUGAAAGGAACAUCACCUAAAUUCAACCAUCACUCACCUUUCAUCUAAAUUAUCUUACACUUUCCUUAAUUAAAUACAAUUUAAAUUGAGUGGAUCUUAAUAAUCAGAAAUCCAUUCAAAAUUAUUAUCCAUUUGUCAAAAAAAAAAAAAAAAAAAAUAUUAUCCUUAGCAUUUAUUUGGGUGCCCAAAUGGUUUGUUCGUUUGGGCCAGCCCAAUUAACUUCCAAUGUUAUUUAUGCAAGGCUUAAAUUGGGCUUGGAAUUUACGUACUAACUUUAUUAAGAUAAUGUUGAUGCGGCGGUGGUACAUGCUUGGUGGAAGUGAGUGCUGUCUUGGGGUUAUUGCUUGUGCGGUGGUUUCUGCGGUUUGCAAUUUUGUCCGUGAUAUAUAAUGGGACACGAGGUGGCUGUACAUAAAGUGCCGGCUUUUGAGAUUUCACGUGGCUAUUUAUAGUGGACCAUACGAUGAAAUAUACUACGUAUUAAAUUUCGUAUUAGAGAGUGAUCGUUUUUAACUCAAUAAUAUCUCAUCUACAUUAUUUACGGUUCGUGAUUUUAAAAAAAUAUUAAGACCAGAUUUUUAUAGUUUUUAAAAAUGAGAUUGAUAGUUUGAUAAGUUUAAGAUUUGUUGUUAUACAUAGUCAUGUUCACCUAAUGACCUAAAGAGUAUUAAUAGUCUUUUAUCAUAUUUUUUUGCCCUUUAUAAUCUUUACACUAAAGUGUGGGUUUAUAAAUACUUCUAUUUCUAUGAUUAUUCUGAUGAAUGUAUAGUAUCGGUUGAUAUUAUUACAUUAAAAAAUUUGUUUGCUUUAUUCUAUCCUGUAAUUUAUAUAGGCCAAUACAUAAAUCCAUUAAGCUUGGUUGCACACUUGCACCACACAUGUCACAACUCACUAAACUACCUUUCCUUAAGGGCAUUACUUAUCCACUCAUCACCUCAAACUCAAAAGUCAAAACUAUCUUUCGCAUUAGCCAAUAUGCAUUAUUUGUUGGUCAAUAUUUUCAUACUUCUACUAGCAUUAUCUUCAUCCUCAAAAGUACCUAGCUCACUGUUGGUUGAAGCUAGACAUCAACAAUCUUCUAAUGGCACAUUCACAUUACAUCUCAUCCAUCGUGAUUCGCCACUCUCUCCUUACUACAACUCAUCCAUUACACCCCUAGAACGCUUAAAAAGAGCGCCUUUAGGCUCAAUCUCACACGGUCACAACAUUCACCGGUACCCAUCCUCAUAUUUGAUCCCUAAUGGUGGAGAUUACCUCAUAAAAAUCGCUCUUGGCACACCAAAAGUCGAACUUACAGCCGUGGCAGACACUGGUAGUGACCUUAUAUGGGUCCAAUGUUCACCAUGUGACGAAUGCCUCCCUUCAAAAUCUCCACCCUUCAUACCUAAGAAAUCUUCGACGUAUCAUCCCAUCCCUUGUACGUCUCCAUCUUGCAAAUAUCCACAUAUUAUUCAAGGUUGCCUUCCAAAUUACACCAACAAGAGCUCAUCAUCAUCAGCGCCGUGUUACUAUGAGGCACUAUAUGGAGAUGGCACACAAAGUGUCGGAAUCCUAGCCACCGAAACCAUUAGCUUACCCUCGUCUAACAACACUACCUCACCAAGCCACCCGUCCAUAAAGUUUGGUUGUGGGUUUGAUCAGCGAGGCCAAGUUGGGAUCCAAGGAGAAGGGAUCGUCGGACUAGGGACUGGCUCAUUAUCCCUAGUCUCACAACUAGGUCCAUACAUAAACUACAAAUUCUCCUACUGCUUGGCACCCCUUUCUUCUGGGGUGCCAAGCAAACUAACCUUUGGGGCGGCUCAUGUAACGAGCCCCAAAGUCGUAACAACACCCUUAGUAACCGGACUCCAAUCAACAUUUUACUAUCUUACACUCUAUGACAUUAGCAUUGGUAAUAAUGCCUCGGUCCCUGUGAACCAAGACAUAAUCAUCGACUCUGGUACCACUCUAACGUACUUGCCACAAACCAUCUAUGACAACGUCAAGACUGCUUUGAGCACCGCGAUCAAGCUUACUCCUGUGCCUGAUCCACUACAAUUCUACGACCUUUGCUAUGAUGCACGGCGAUUAGGAUCGAGUGGAGGCCUUAAUACUCCUGAUGUGGUGUUCCAUUUCAAAGGGGCUGAUGUUGUGUUAAAGGGAAUUAACACUUUUAGGACACUAGAAGAUCAAGGUUUGAUUUGUUUAGCGAUGUCUACUACAGAAGGUACCCCUAUAUUAGGGAAUAUUGCGCAAGUUAACUUUGAGGUUGGUUUUGAUUUACAUUCUAAAAAGGUUUCCUUUGCUCCAACUGAUUGUACCAAGCACUAGAUUUCUUAAUUUCAUGUAUAGCACAUAGUUUUAUUUGUUUUGUUCACCUACUUGAUGUAUGCUACACUUGAUCAUAUUUGAAUCAAUUUUCAAUUGAACCGGAAAACAUUUAAUUUAUAACAUGCUUCUUCGUAAUAAUUGUAAUGUGUUAUCUUUUGAGUAAGUUUCAUAUUAUUUGCGUCAAUACUUUAUUUGGUAAUUGAUUAUUUGAUUUUCUCUAAGUUUAUAUUGCACCCCGACAUUACAAUUAAUACUGAAGUAUGAAAUAGAAAGAGUAUUAAAUUGUACCAUCGGUCAAGCAUACAAUUCUACAUACGAGGGCAACACUUAAAAAAAAAAAAAAAAAAAA